UCGGACGCGGCGUCAGGCCGGGCAGCCCGCGGUGCCGGGGCGCGGGGGCGGGCGGCAUGGCCAGCGUCCCGCAGCUGCUGGACGAGCUGUGCGAGGCCGUGGCGCGGGCCGGGGGCGCGCGGACGGGCGCGCGCGGCCUGCGGCGCGCGGCCUUCGAGGCGCUGCUGGCGCCGCUGCUGCGGGGCCCGGGCCGGGGCGCGCGCGCGGGCGGGCGGCCAGUGCCGGCGCGGAGCCGCGCGCUGCUGCUGUCGUUCGAGCUGCGCGUGGCGGGCCUGCGCCGCGAGGCCGAGCGCCUGGAGCAGCUGCUGGGCGCGCUGGAGGCGGCGCCCGCGCCGGCCGAGCGGGCCGCGGCGCUGGAGCUGCUGGUGCUGCUGGCGGGCAGCGGCCCCCCGCGCGCGCCCUGGCCGCGGCGCGACCCCCUGGCCGACGGCGGGCGGCCGGGCCGGGCGGCGCCACACGGCGGCUACGACUGCGACGGGCUGAGCGAGCGCGAACGGGACGUGCGCGCCGCGCUGGUCCGCGACGAACAGCGCGCCCGGGACUCGGCCCGCGCGUCGCUGCGCGCCCUGGACGCGGCCCCGGGCAGCGGCCUGGCCGUCUGCGGCCGCUUCUCCGGCGGCGACCGCUUCGAGCGGGACACGCGCGGCUCCCUGUUCGGAGCCCUGGUGCACAGCCGCACGUGGGACAUGGACGUGCGGCUGGACCUGCCCCCGGUGCCCGACGGCGCCGACCUCUCGGGGCUGGCGAUCAAGGUUCCCCACUGCGUGGACCAGUCGGAAGAUGAAGGCUUCCAGUCAGCCUCCAACCUGACCCCGGACUCCCAGUCGGAGCUGGGCCUGACCCCGGACCUGGACCUCUGGGACGCUGCGCUCACCUACAGGCCCAGCCGGCGCCGGUGCUGGGAGCAGAUCAGCUGCCCCCCUGGUCACGGAGAGGAGCCCUACCUCACGGAGGCGGGGAGGGACGCCUUUGACCGCUUCCGCCGGCUCCACCACGACGAGCUCCGGGUGCUGGGGGGAGGCCUGCUGGACACGCUGCCACCUGUGCUGGUGAAGGAAUGCGAGCUGGUGAAGGACGUGCUCAACGUCCUCCUCGGGGUGCUGUCGGCCACCUUCUCCCUCUGCCAGCUGACGCAGGCCUUCGUGGUGACGCGGGGCACCCAUGUCUCAGGAGCCUCCCCUGAGAGCGUCAGCAGCCUCUUGUCGGAGGUGGCUGCCUGCGGGACCCACUACAUGCGUCUCAGCCACUUCUCCGUGCAGCCCACACAGGGCACCUGCUGCCGGGGCCUCGUCUUCCAGGCCUUCACCAGUGGCCUGCGGAGGUACCUGCAGUAUUACCGGGCCUGCGUGCUGGCCACCCCGCCCACCCUGAGCCUCCUUACCAUUGGCUUCCUCUUCAAGAAGCUUGGCCGGCAGCUCAGGUACCUGGCCGAGCUCUGCGGGGUCGGCACCGUGUCCCCGGGUGCUGGUGGAGGCGAGCCCAGGGUCCCGUUCCCCACCGGUGUGAAGCUGCUGUCCUACCUGUACCAGGAGGCCCUGGACAACUGCAGCAACGAGCACUACCCCGUGCUGCUGUCCCUGCUGAAGGCCAGCUGCGAGCCCUACACGAGGUUCAUCCACGACUGGGUAUACAGUGGGGUCUUCCGGGACACGUACGGCGAGUUCAUGAUCCAGGUGAACCACGACUACUUGGGCUUCCGAGACAAGUCUUACUGGACCCACGGCUACGUGCUCAUCUCCAAGGAGGUGGAGGACUGCGUCCCUGUGUUCCUGAGGGACAUCGCCCAGGACGUGUACGUGUGCGGGAAGACCAUCAACCUGCUCAAGCUCUGCUGCCCGCGGCACUACCUGUGCUGGUCGGAGGUGCCCGUGCCGCGGAUCUCGGUGCUGUUCUCGCUGGAGGAGCUGAGGGAGCUGCAGAAGGCCUGCGCCCUCUACGUGGGCCGCAUGGAGCGCGUGGCGCGCCACAGCUCCGUCAGCAAGGAGCAGCAGGAGUUGAGGAUGGAAAUUGCAAAACAAGAGCUGGUCGUCCACGCGUGGGAAGCAGCGUCCAGGGUGCUGCGUGAGCUCAGUGAUCGGCAGAUGUCCGAGCGCAUGGCCUUGGACGCCCGCAAGCGGGAACAGUUUCAGAAGCUGAAGGAGCAGUUUGUGAAGGACCAAGAGCGGCGUCGGGCGGCCCGGCAGGAGGAGCUGGACGACGACUUCAGCUACGCCCGAGAGCUCCGGGACCGGGAGAAGCGUCUGCGGGCCCUGGAGGAGCAGCUGGAGCGGACGGCCCGGCAGGCGCUGGUGGAGCACUACAGCAGGCUGUCGGGGGAGGCUGCCCGCCGGGAGCAGAGGGCCCUGUGGCGCGUCCAGAGGCACCGGCUGGCCAGCGCUCGGCUGCGGUUCCUUUCCGAAGACCAGAAGCACUUGCAGGGGAUGCUGAAGGAUAUGGCAGAAGGGAAGGAGCCCCCCGCGCCGACACCCCUCCGUGCAGAGCCCCAGGCCUCCUCUCCAGAAGGCAGCCCCGGCCCGGAGCAGGCAGCGCAGCGCCUUGCGGCGGCCUCGGACAGCCCCAGCAGGCCCCUCCCAGCGGCCCUCGAGUCGGCCCCAGGAGAGACCUGCAGCCCAGAGCCCAGGGUGGUGCUGGGGCCGUUCUCUGAGGGCCUCAGCAUCGGCGACUUCUUGCCCCCGCCUGGGCGCCCCGAGCAGCCGCCCUGCGCCGCGAAGACCCCCGUUCUCGAGGAGGCACUGCAGACUAUCGGCUCAGACCUGCCCCUCUCCCCUGCGGGGCCGCCAGACUACGACUUCAGAACCAUCCUGAGGCCCGCCUUGGCCACCCUGGCUCCCCCGGGGCCCCUCCAGACUGCAGGGGCGAGUGGAGGCCUUCCGGGGGAGCAGAGUGGGCCUGGCCCCGAGGGGCAGGUCGCGGAGUGGGACCUACAGCAGAGCCAGGCCGUGGAGCAGCCCCCGGGACUCAUGCUGGAGGGUGGGGACGGCAAGCAGGGUGAGGCUGCUGGGAGCGCUGCCCCCCGGCCCCGCUGGAACGUGCACGGGCACGUGUCCGAUGCCAGCAUCAAAGUUGGGGAGCACGUGUGGGACGUGGCCCCCUCCCGGCCCCGCUGGAACGUGCACGGGCACGUGUCUGAUGCCAGCAUCAAAGUUGGGGAGCACGUGUGGGAUGUGGCCCCCUCCCGGCCCCGCUGGAACAUGCACGGGCACGUGUCCGAUGCCAGCAUCAAAGUCGGGGAGCACGUGUGGGACGUGGCCCCCUCCCGGCCCCGCUGGAACGUGCACGGGCACGUGUCUCAGUCCCAAGUAAGCCUUGGGGUGCUCUCCCAGGAAGUCCAGCCCAAGAGGCCAGUACCACAGGGGAGCCCGUGUGAGGGGGAGUCCCACGGCCUGGGACCUCUGAGCCCUGUCCUGGGAGCACCGAUCCCUGGCCCAGGAGCACAGCACCCUGACCCGGGAGCACCAAGCUCUGACCUGGGAGCACCAAUCUCUGACCUGGGAGCACAGCACCCUGACCCAGGAGCAUCGAGCUGUGACCUGGGAGCAUCAGUCUCUGACUUGGGAGCACAGCCCCCUGACCCAGGAGCUCCAAGCUCUGACCUGGGAGCACCGAUCUCUGGCCCAGGAGCACAGCACCCUGACCCAGGAGCGCCAAGCUCUGAUCUGGGAGCACCAAUCGCUGACACAGGGGAACUGAUCUCUGACUUGGGAGCACAGCACUCUGACCUGGGAGCACCAGUCUCUGACUUGGGAGCACAGCACUCUGACCCGGGAGCACCAGUCUCUGACUUGGGAGCACCAGCCUCUGACUUGGGAGCAUGGCACCCUGACCCGGGAGCACAGGCACCUGCAGACAGUCCCUGGGUGCAGGCUGCUGGCUCAGACAUGGGCUGCAGGGAAGAGGCGGGCCCAGAGGCCCAGCCGGGUGCCCUGGGAGACAGUGUCCCCCAGGAUGCUGGUCAGUAGCCCGGAGCUGUCCUGGCCGUGUGGGCCCAGGGGGAGGGCUGGGGAAGUUGUGGACUGCUGUCCUGACAGCCCCCUCUCUGUGCCCCAGGGAAGACCAGGGACACCGAGGACCCUGCUCCAGGAAGGCCUCCCAGCUCUCAGGGAGGAGCAGCUGCCCAGAGCAGCCCCAGCCUUGGGUCCCAGCGGCAGCAGGACCUGGAGGAGGAGGAAGCUGAGGCCCUUCGCAGGGAGCAGGCC